AUGGCAUCAGACGGGGAGAUCACACCUGAACAUCCGCCUGGUCUCCUCGAACCUACCAGUCUGGAGGUCCAAUGUCUACCAAACGCAGUAGUUCAGAUCCUUGACGCGCAGUCCUCCUCUAUUCGGGUCCAUAAAAUCUUCAAAACACCUCUCGUCCAUGUACACGGUCAGGACAGUCAGUCAAGCGACCCUGACAGUCCUUUGUUUGCUUUCUUGAAUCUGGCUUCCGAUGCUAGUGUAGAGAGUGAGCAGGUCCCCUCGACAUCCACUACUGAAGUCGAAUCUGAACCUGGGACGCUCGCCCCGUCCGACGAGCGCCAUCUCACUAUUCUUGAAUCUGACUUAAUGGCUCCGCCCUCCUUGGGACCGAUCGAGCCCCUCGUGCCGUCUGUUCCAGCUACAGACAUCCCGUCUACGCCGCGCGUGGAUACAGACCUGGAGUCACGGAACUUGGGAAAAAGGAAUGCCAGGACUGCUUGUCUUACGGAUUCGGAGGACGAGAAGGGAACCUCAGGAAGGAGUCGGCCUGGUGCGCGGGAUGCACCAACAUCCCUACCAAAAACCAGAAGAACUGCAGCUUCUGCUUCUCCGAAGAAGUCGACCAAGUAUGCGCCGCUGAAGACUCAGCAUACCAGAGGUUCCUCCGUUCCUGGAAUAAGUGACCUGGAAGAACGUCUCACUAGCGGCUUCAGGAGUAUAAUCACUGACGUUUGUGGGGAGUCCGUGGACUCUCUAUUUGGCGCUGCGUCGAGAGCAAUAAAAGGCGAAAGCACAAGUGAAAUGGAGAAUUUAAGAGAUAGGCAAAGACAGCCGACGAAAACGAACAGCUUUAUCCCGGUUCUCAAGCGCCUGAAUACGGAUCUUGGACGUCAAACAAUGCAGUCUCCAGCACCCACAGUGUUAGAAGACAUGUCUGACUCAGGCCCCAUGGAGGAAAUUCGUUCCCAGGAUAACCCGCGGCUCUUGCGCAGAACCGGUCAAUCUUCGCCUACCCGCGUUUUCGUGGAACCAAUCGUCCAGAGCGCAAGAGGACUGCUCUACCUGGAAUGUCCAGAAGAUGUUCUUCAGGCAGCAUACAAAAUUGUUAUCCUAGCAAAUAUAUCCAUGUUUGAUGAGGACCAGCGAAUCGGCCGUCCACUGCACCCGCCUGGAUGGUACACCUUGAUUGUCCCAGGACUGCCGAAACUGAAAGAUGAUCAGAACGGAUACUUUCUCUUCUUGAUCUCCCCAGGUCAGGUAAUUGAGUUUUCUACCGCCAGUCUAAACAGAUACAAUAUGGUAGAAAACUGUUUCUUUGCGGAAUUUGCCAACCCGGAAUCUUUUGAAGUGACCAUGUGUGUCCAUGCUCAGGAAUGUUACGGCCCUCUCAAAGACUUCACUGUGGAUCAGGAUAUUAGAGCCACCCUGAUGCCUACGCGCAGAAGUGAUGAGCAGAUUUCACGUCUUCGAGUGAGGUAUCACGCGGUAUGCUCGUUGAGGUUUAGCAACAUUUACGUCGCCGCCGAGAGAUGUCGCUUUUUCCUCAAGGUAGAAGGUGGCCCAGAAAGCUUUUCGCAGUGCACUCUUGAGGCCAUCGAUGAAGGUCUGCAGGUGAUAGAGCUGUCUGCCGACAUGUCCAGAACCACAGAAAGUGUUUCUCGGAUCCAGAUCAUUUGCUCCUCGAGAGAGUUUGACGAAUUCUGUCUGAUGUGGGAAGUUGCCAUUCCAAAAGAACAACAAGCGUAUUGGCUUCCCUCGAUAUACCCGGACUUGUCCAGCGUCUGUUUAGAGCGGUCCAAACUUCGGCAUGCGUUUACCAGACUGGACUCUGACUCAGUCGUGGAACCGUCUUCUGAACAGGAAGUCGACGUGGAGUCAUCUGGUUCGAGGGAGACAUACAAUGAAGGUUACGCUGAAGACCCGAUAUCAGCCGAUAAGGGUCUUUCUCAAAGAUUCGCCGAGGUGAUGAGAAUGAUGGAGGAGUUGGAAUUUCAGGAGACUGAGAGGCGACCUCUAAGAGUGGAUCGAGUGGUUUUUCUCCUGAUUGUGGGAUUCAGUCUCAUACUAUCCAGUUUGUUCUCCCCGGUCGUCAUCACAGGCCCAGGUGUGCAGCUCAAUGACAUGGGAGUUGGUAACUACACUGGCGAAGGUCUAGUUGCACAUGGUCAUGAGUCCGGUAGUGAUGGGAACGUCACUCUGUCUCCUGUAUGUGUCUGUCCUCACUAUGGAAGUCUGCAUAUGCUACGCGAGAACGAGCGUACAGAAAAUGACGCCGAUCCUAUACAAGAUUCGAUGGAAGAUGCCCAGCCAAUGCUGGAUGAACCUGACGAAGGUACCAAGAAUGGAGACACGGAGCGUACGGGAGAUAUGCAUGCCGCGCCCCUGAGCCUGAGAGAUCGUAUUGAUUAUUUCCUUGGCUGGAAAGGGCCUAAUGUGCGUUGA